AUGUCAUUUUUUAAUUUGACAUUGAUGGGUCAUGAUAAUCGAUUUAAAUCGAUGAAACGUCUUGAACCAACCAAAACAGAUAUUUGUUCGACUGAAUUACGACAAGUUCCAACCGGACGUCAAGAUAGAACUCCAGCCGAAAAACAAUUAGCUCGUGAAGUGAAUGGAAAUAUACAAUCACGAGAAUGGACAUCACCAGCUAUAUCAAAUUUAAAUUAUCAUACAUUACGUACAAUGCAUGUACGUGGUGAUCAAACUCCUAAUCAUAUUACACGACAACCAUUGACAGCCGCUCAAGAUAUUGGUUGGUGGACUAAAGAUGAACCGUUAAAAAUCAAUGAACCAUGGACUUAUGAAAAACAUCAUGUUCAUGCUCAAUCCGAAAUGACUAGAUUUGUCGAUGAUAUGACUUUAACCGAUCGUUAUUUUCGUCUUUUUUAA